UUUCAGUCUUUUAACUUGCUUUGCACCACCACCAUGUCGUUGACUGCAGCGGACGCGGUGCUCGUCGAGCGGAAUCGCGCCGUGCUGCAGUCCGUCUUCCCGCGGAUUCGACGACGCCAAGCCACCACCACCACCAGCAACAGCACCAAGACGACGGGUGGUGCAUCCACUCAUCCCAUGACGAGCAAGCGCGAGGAAGACGACUCUGCGGACGAUGAGGACGACUCUGAGGACGACGACGAGGACGACGACCAUGCAUCCAUGCUGGACGACGAGGCGACGUCCCACACGCUCGCUCCCAACGCACUGGCAUACCGCGUGUUCAUGGACACUCGACCGACAAGCAGCGCCCACAAUCCAGCAGGAGCAGGAGCAGGAGCAGGAACUCAAGCCGACGAGGCAGGACUGCAGACUGCAGACCACGACCACCCGAGUCUCAGUCUCAGUCUCAGUCUCAGAACGCGAGACUUGCAACAUGUGCUCGAGACGACCAUCACCGAGUUUGUCAAGUCAGACCCGGCGGUUCAAGCAUUGUGCAGCGACCAUCUCUGGCACAAGGAUGGACUGAAUUUGGCAGUGUUCGAGGACGGCGACAACACUGCCAACCGAGCUACGACCUCGUCCGCUUCCUUGCCGCGGUUGGAGACAGUACAGUGCUUGGCAGGCGUCUCGUCGUACGGCGAUAAUGUCGGCGACGAAUGGCUGCUCGUGUACAUUCUGCGGGAAUUGACAGCACGGAUACCAGACUUGACCGUUCAGCUCGCAGACACGAGCGACGGAGACAUUUUGCUGAUUGAAGCGGCCGACGAGCUGCCGGAAUGGAUUACACCGCGAAUUGCGCGCAAUCGCGUGUUUCUAAGGCAAGGCCGGCUGCACAUUGUGCCAACAAAGUAUGUGCCUCAAGGGUCGACAUCAGCAGCGUCGAGCUCAAAGAAGAGUCCGGCCACAUCCACGUUCCGCUCUCACAAUCUCGCCGAGCGAUUGGAUAUUGUGCAAGCGCUCGACAUUCUUCAGCAUGCAGCUCCGAGCCAUUCAUCGGGAUCUGCCACCACCACCACCACCACCACCACCACCACCGCCGCUUGGACGCUGGCCAGUGCCAAAAUCGAGUCUUGCAUUUGGGCACGACUGGCGCUGGCCGUGCGCGAAGCUACAGAGCACGUCCAGCACGCCCUUGCCCUUUUGCCACCAACAAUUGCACAUUUAAUGCACGUGCAGCCCAAGCUGGUUGCUCCUGCUAUCGAGGCAUUUGUCCAACGCGAUUCUAUUGAUUCUCGAGCCUGUGCCCGCAUGAGUCGCUUUCCUGUGGGCACGUCGCCCGAGCCGUCAAUGUCUCCGUCAGAUCUUUUGGAGACGCAUCGAAUUCUUACGCGUGUACGGCUGACUCGAAGUCUAUUUGUGCUACUCAACUCGCAGCCGCAGUUUGUUCCGCCGCGUGUUUUUGGCGCUGCACCGCCCCCUAGCAACACUGCGGCAUACAGCGCGUUUGUACUCGGCGUCAAGAUUGCCUGCGGCUUUGAGAUCAUGUACGCUAUUGCGGACAGGCAGCACAAGCUGUCGGCGCGAGCUGGCCAAGUCGGACCCGCCGUUGCUCCUCCUCGCCAGCAGUUGGUGGCAGGCUACGUGACGCAAAACUUGGCGCGAGAAAUCGACGCUACGCUGCUUGUUCAUUUCAAUCCCGUUUCUUUGCACCAGUACGACAUGUUUGGCUCUUCGCGUCCGGCGCCAGCUUCCGCGCCAGUCAACACGAACGCGUCCUCGUCAACAGCCGUGCAACAACCGCGACCAGAACCAGGUUCUGUCCUUCCUCCUGCUCCAGCCGAUGACUCGACUGAUUGGAUGGAGGUUGAUCCCGAGCAGCUCGAGCAGCAGAUGACCAAGAUGCAGACGGCCCUUCAAGAAGUGAUGAAAGCCAGCGAGCAGCAACCAACCACGACCCGCUCGCCAUCCUCCAAGGGCGACGGUUCGACGGAAGAGGAUGUGCAACAGCUCGGAAAGCUGGCGUCCUUGCUCAAAGGCGUGCAGUCAUUCAUGACCAGCAAGUCUGACAUUGAUGGCGUGAAAACUUCCACAGGGCUCCGCCCAGAGAUGUUUGACGACCCGGCCACCAGUGAGGACGAGAAUUCUUCGGAAGAUCAGGAUGACCUCAGCGAUGAGGACGAAGAGGCGGACGACAGCGGUGAUGAUGAAGGUGACGAAAAAGUGGCAGAGGCCAUGUUUGGUGACGACGCGAUUGACCAACUCCUGGCCGAUGAUGUCGACCCUCCCCUGAGCGAGCCAGACAACUCCUCCGAAAGCAUUCGAUCUGCGAUGGAGCAUAUGGAUGCCGAGCUUCGCAAUGUGGGACUGCAAUGCGUCAUUCAACAGGGCGCGCGUGGAAAGCAAACCAUGUCUGACGAGCAAAUCAACCUUGCCAUGAACAUGCUCCUGUCCCACGAGGCUCAGCAGGGCCGACCCGGCCCAUUCACCCAUUUGCUGCAGUCGUUCAUCGGCGGGCAGCAACCGCGUUAACAUUUCGUUGUUUUUUCUCUCUUUGCAACGAACUUGCAACCAACAGCGCUAUGCCACGAGUGAGAUGUUUGAAAUAACAAAAGCAAAACGCCUGGUAGUUAAAAAUAAAACGCCUUAAUUCACAA